AGGGGGGGCCAGAUAUAAAAGCCUUCCGUCCAGACGGAACAGAUUGGUGACAAAUUCAAGUAGAAGAAGAAAACGGUGCCGGAUAAAUAACACUUUGGCUACAACCAUUUCCAUUGAAGUCUUUCUUGGCUCAAGUCAACAAAGGCAUCACUACUCAAUAAAAAUUUGAAAACAAAAAAAAAACUUUCCCCCAUAAGUGAAAAUGCAGCGUGACAAUCGAAGCCGGAGCAACAGCAGCAUCCGAAGUAUGGCAUCCAAUUCGAGUGAUGUCGACACCUCAGAGUUCGAGGACAAUUCGGAAUUUUCACCCGAUUCCGACGACAACGAUACCUCACGGCACGACGAUGAUGUUCCAGCAAAGAAAACGGUGGUGGUGAAGAAGGAGCCGACGUCAUCUUCAGGACGUUCAAGUCACGAAGAAUCGGAAGGAAUCAAAGCAGAGAGUCCAUCAACGGUGUCGGGAGGUACUUCAUUACAAUUCCGCAAACGGUUGAACCCCUCAAAGAAUCGAGGACUCCAAUCACAGUCAACAUCACCACUGGGAGGCCGCCUAGCACAAAGAUCGACGACGUCGGAAGAAUCCGGCCGUCCGUUGAUCGUCUUCCCACGCAAGACAUUUAGCAACAGCCGCGAACGCUGGCGUCAACAAAAUGUUAGCGGCGCGUUUUCCGAGUUGCGAAAACUAGUACCGACGUAUCCAGAAACCAAAAAGUUGAGCAAGAACGAGAUCCUUCGGUUGGCCAUCAAGUACAUCAGACUCCUAAGUAACGUCUUGGAAUGGCAAAAGCAGCAAGAAAAUGUGAUGCAAACUGUGAAACAGCAACAGCCGCCAGUUAUUCGACGUUUGGCAAGUCGACACAAUCAAAUAUCUACUAGUAGUGAGACAAACGACAACCCGGAACACUUCACCAUUGACCCACGGGAUUUGACCCUACUCAUGGAUCGUCAUAACUCCUCGCACAUGUGAGUUAGCUAUUAAAUGGUCGACAAUUAUUACCCUUCGAUUUUCCUCUCAAUUAUUUGUUAUCUGUUGUAUACUCGGUCGCGACGGAUGUCCGUCAACUUGUGCAAACCUAAUUCAAGUACACAAUCAAUUCAAGCUCUUA